UUUCGUCCAUGUCAACCUAUAAAAGUGGAUUAUUGGUGGGAAACAUAAAAGGUUGGUUAGACGAGUACGGCGCACUACUUCUGAUUGGAGCGUUCCGUUCUCCAUUUGAGUACGAGGUACGGGAGUGCUGUUCAUUAGCAUGAAUUCGCUUUCCCUGGAUUUGCGGGUGUGGUAGACGCUUUAUAAGGAGCUGGUUUAAUGAUUUUACACAGAGAGGAUUUUGCCCUUUUUCAUUUCAGACCAUAACAAAAACAUGAAGGCUGCCGUUGCUUUACUUGCUGCUCUGGGCUUCGUUGCCUGUGUAUCCGCUGGGUCUUACGGAGGCGUAGGUGUACGAACAGCACCAGCGUAUAAUUAUAUGCAAUACCAAGCGAGACCAAUGUAUUACGCCAUGCGGCAACCUAUGUAUUACGGAGUACAACAAGGCGGUGGAUCCGGGUCUGGAAACCUCUUAGGCGGAUCUGGAAACAUGUUUGGUGCUGGAGGUUAUGGAGGCGGAGGAUCUGAUAUGGGAUCCGUUCUCCCUAUUCUUCUCGUUUUCCUAAUGUUGGCCAUCUUUGCUCCACUUCUGAUUGGAUCCCUGGCGUCCAGUAAUGAAGCUCUCUUUGAGAGUCUUGACAGCUAGUAAAUAGAGACAGUGAAUAGGAUUAAAGGGAUUUUUUGUGGACUGCCUGUAACAUAGUUUCAAUAAAUCAAUGAAUUUAGAAA